AACAUCCCUUGUCUGGGAGGAGUUCCUCUGUCUACCAAAUCUACUGUGCCACCUUUCCCCCCCUCUUCUUAUGCUGCUACAAGUAGAAUGUUAUCUGUCCACUAGAUUAAGCAACAAUGGCAUUUGUGAAGAGCGGAUGGCUGCUCCGGCAAAGUACUAUUUUACGGCGUUGGAAGAAGAACUGGUUUGACCUGUGGUCUGAUGGCCGCUUAAUAUUCUACGAUGAUCAAAAUCGCCAUGAUAUUGAAGAUAAAAUCCACAUGCGAAUCCACUGCAUCAACCUCAGAGUGGGAAAUGAAUGUCGAGAUUUCCAUCCUCCAGAGGGGAAGCAGAGAGACUGUUUACUGCAGAUUGUUUGCCGUGAUGGGAGGACAGUCAACCUCUGUGCAGAGAGUGCAGAUGACUGCCUGGCAUGGAAAAUUGCUCUCCAGGACGCCAGAACAAACACAGGCUACGUGGGAUCUGAUGUGAUGUACGAUGAGACGGCCAUUUCGUCAGCCCCUCCUCCCUAUACAGCUUAUGCCACACCGUCACCUGAGGUAUAUGGCUAUGGCUACGAUCAGUACAAUGGUGCGUAUCCACCUGCUGGUCCUCAAGUCUUCUAUGCCUCCAGUGGACAAGCUUAUGCUGUUCCCUAUCAGUAUCCAUACCAAGGACCUUAUGGCCAGCCCCCUGCAAACCAUGUCAUCAUUCGAGAGCGUUACCGUGACAGCGAUGGAGAUCUUGCACUGGGCAUGCUUGCUGGAGCAGCGACUGGAAUGGCUCUGGGAUCAUUAUUCUGGGUCUUCUAGAUUACCCGUUCCUUAUCUUUGUAGUUCCAAAAAACUUUAUUGUGUGCAAUAAUAUAUUUGCAAUGUUGUUUACUGUUAAACUUUAAGAAAUGCAAUAGUUAUUUUUCAGUAGUGACAUCUUAAUAACUGAUUCUUAACUGUCUUAAGGAGAGUUUAAAGGCACCGUUUGGUUAAGUGGCUGGAGAUGGCAUGUGCUGUGCUUGAAUUCUGUCCUGAUGUUAGAAGGAUUUGUACUGAUAAGGAUCAAUGUGAGCACCAGUGUAACAUGGUAGCAGUCACUAGCUUUAUGAACAGACUGUUAUUGUGAACACCGUAGAAAAAAUGGAUUUUUUGAGGGGUCUAAAAUCUGGUCCAAAUAGGCAGUUUACAGGUGCCCUGCAUUAGUGUAUAUGUACUACUGGCUUCUAAACAUUCCCUGGACAAACAUAUAGCUCAGCAGAAACUCCUUGGCAUUAAGUAGUCUGCCAUGCUCAAGGAGUUUUUUGUUUUAAAACUUGCCUGCAGAUGGUAGUGUAUUUUCUCAGGUGGAGUUCUGUACCUGUCGCUCACACCAUCCAGGUGAAGUUGUCCUUGAGAACAUAAAAGCAAACCGCAAAGAAGUGGCAGCACUCCAGUUCUUUUAUUCUCCCAGAAAUGUGAAUGACCAGUAGCAGGCAAGACAAAUGUUUGUUGUUCCACCUCCCUCUUCAUCCCGAAUCACUCUGAUCAGAUGGAAGUAAUGGAUCUGCAGCUUUGCAAGUGGACCUCCAUUUCUGUAGAACAGUUGCCUCAGACACUGAGGCCACUGUCUAGUGUCUUUGCUCAUACUGCUGUUGCUCUGCAGAGUCUGCAGGAGAAAAACUGACUUAAACAGCCGCUGCCCUGUCGGGGCUACCAGAACCCCUCUGCGGGCAGUAAUAGUCAAGAGGGGAGAGACAACAGCACAAAUAGACCUUGCACACAGGCACUUUGGUAUCAGCUGCCUUGCCAGGGCUAGGAUAGAACGUCUGUCUCUUGGCCUCCAAGGUCUCCUGAACCAGGUUCAUUAUUUGCAACUAAAUUUUGAGCACAGCUGAGCCUGGUUUUGUUCUGUGCACGCUUCCCCCUCACAUUCAGCAGGUCUCUUCCCUCCAUGACUUAAAGAAAACACUCCAAGGAACCUGGCUGGCUUUGCUUGUGUCUGGUUCCUCAGUGUGCUCCUGCAGGCUGCUGUGCUGUGGGGUGUAACCUGGAGCACAGCUGUUACGGGUGUGACCUAUUACCUGAUCCUGUUGUUAUCCAUGCCGAGCUGUGCUUGGCAGGGGAAAGAGAGCUCUGAAGAAAUGCACGUGCUUUCUUAUUGAGGUAUAAGAGGCAGGGUGCCCAAGUUGAGUUCUUUAUAGAAAGAGGACUUAUUUUUAUACUUCUACUUUCAGCUUCCUGUAUUCAUACUGUUUUAAUAUGUUGUCUUUUUUAGGCUUUCAUACAGAAGUAGAUUAAUUUCCUUAAGGUUCAUGGGGUUUCGGGAUAUCUCAGGAAAGAUGAAAAUAGAUGAGAACUUGCACCCAUAUAAAUUUAGAUUAAGCCCUAACCUUUUUCAUCUCAUCCUAAAGCUGUCUUGGCUCUGUCCUACAUAUUAAAGCAAUAGAGGCCUUGGACAAGAGUUUGGGUAGAAGCCAGGGGGAGCACUAAGCUUUCACGACUGUUCGGACUAAUCCAACAAGCUGAAAGCAUCGGAAGUGAGCAGACAGAUGUAAUCUUGGCUGCAUGACAGAGUGGGCCUAAUCCACAAAACGUAAACUUGUUUCAAGGAACUUUGGUUUGGAGUCGUACAUCAAUGUGCAUGUGUAUCCUUUCACAGAUUAAUACAAGCUGCAUGUGUUCUGCCAGUGGUAUGUACUGAAAGGACUUGUUGGAUGUUCAAAAGAGAACUAAAGUAAAAGUUUCCUAUUGCUUGUCCAAACCAGAAGAAAUUGGAGUACACUACUGAAGUUCUCUUAGAGGCCUGGUACCCUUGAGGUCAGAAAGAGAUGGUGACUGUCUGGAACUUAAGUGAACAAACAUUUCUACCCUUUUUAAGCCUUGAGAUAACCUUGAAGCUGAUCCCAGGUCUACACUGCUGUUUAGUUUGCAUGUUACAGUAUACCUAGUUCUGUAGAAUGCCUCCCUUGCCUCUUCUCCCUGUGUGACAUUUAGCUUGUGAGGGGUGGGGGAGAAUAAAACAAUUGAACAUCA